AUGUGUUGCUUCAUCUGGCAGGAGCGGCGGCAGCGGAGGCGGCCAGGGCUGUGCGACCGCCCGGACGGCGCCCGGAGGAAGGGGGCCGGUGUCUGCGCCCCGCCCACACGGCCCCUCCGGGUCCCCGGGUUGCCCGCGGCCUCGGCGUUGCCCGCCUCGGCGCUUCAGCCGCGUCCCCUUCCGCCGCUGCCCGGGUCUCUGUGCCCCUUGCCCCGCGCAGCGUCCUCGCGCCCGCCCCUCGCCGCCCCCGUGCCACUCGGGUCCCCGCGCCCUGCGCCCCGGCCGGGAGCCUUGCUCCCGCUGCAGCGGGCGGCCUCCCGCUCCCCCUCGGACGCCCUGACCGGCCCCAUCGAGGUCGCCCCGUGGCCGUGCGGCCGGGAGCUGCUCUCCCCCGAUCCGGCGCAGAGAGCUGAGCGCUGUGCGCGGAGGCCGGCGCGGGAGGGAGUCGGACUCCGCCCCCGGGCGACCCCGCUGGGGGCCUGGUGCGGCAUGGCGAGGGCGUCGGUUCCC